CGUGCCGCUCUCCUUGGGAGGUUGUGUAAUUGGUUUCUGGUUAUACCAUCGAUCUGGCAAGUGUCAAUCUUUGUCUUAAAACUUUGAAUCUGUCGAGAUGUAGCAGAGGCCUCGGAGGUGAUUGGCCCCAAAGCAAUCUGUACCCAGGUGAAUUUCUAUUUUAAUUCUGUUUAGACUUGGUAAUUUUUUACUAUAUUAACCAAAUUUAUAUCUAAGGACAGACCCACUGAAGUGAACAGCCAGGCUGCAUUUCAUAGUCAUGGGCUUAAGCUCCCAACCUGGCAGCUCCCUUAGCUUGUCUUUCUUCUUUGUAAUUAAAACCCAAGAACCUGGUCUAGAAAACUUGUUUGCCUGCCAGAGUGGUUUAAAUCCCAGUGGUUCAGGGCUUUUCCUGGGGACUUCCCACCUACUCAGCAGCCCUUUGCAAGCCUGUGGUUACCUAGGCGAGCCAGUAGCCUCUGCUGUGCUCCCCGCCACCGCAGAGCACGUUGCCAUGGAUCCGUGUCCUCCAGCCUCUGUAGUCGCUGUCUCCACAGGGUGAGCCUUUGUCAGCUAAGGGCAAGGAGAGAUGACUUCUCACCUGACCAAGCUGGCUGGGGAGGGUCCUGGUCUGUGUCCUGCCCAGAAUGUGCUUUCUGUCUUUCUCUUUCUCCCCUUGGGGUCUCACAAGUCACUCACACACCAAAGGUAAAGACUGGAGUAGACCACCCAGACUGUCUUUUCCUCAUGGACAACCUUUGAGGCAGAAAUGGAGAAGCUGAUCUUCAAAUUCACGUGGAACUGCAGGGCCCCUGGGUACCCCAAAACCAUCUUGUCAAAGAACAGAGCGGAGACUCACACUGCUCUACUUCCCAGCUUACUGCCGGCUCUAGCAAACAUGGCUACGGCACAACCACAGACAUAGAUCAGCAGAGAGAAGCCUACAGCUCGCUGGUCAGUGAGUUUGUCCAGCGUGUGAAGACCAUUCAGUGGGGAAAGAACAGGCUCUUCAACAAAUGGGGCUGGGACAGUCGGAUGUUCACACACCAGGAAUGAAAUUGGACCCUACCACCCUCUGUGUGUUAACUCACAUGGAGCUCUUAGAAGGAAACAAGGGGGAAGCUUUAUGACCUCUUUUGGUAAUGGUUUCCUAGUUAGUAUGAUGCUGAAAGCAUAAGCAACAAAUGAAAAAGUAAAUUAGACUCCUUCAAAAUUAAAAUUUUGUGUAUCAGCAGACAUUGUCUAGUGAGCGAAAGGCCAGCUGACAGACUGGAAGAAAACGCUUGGAAAUCAUGCGUCUGAUAAAGGUAUGAGAUCCAGAAUCUGUAAAGAACUGUCACAAGUCAGCACAAUAAAGAACUCAGUCUAAAAUGGGCAGAGGAUCGGAGCAGACACUUUUUCAUAGAUACACAAAUGGCCAAAAAGCACAUGGGAAGGCGCUGAGUGCUUUUCGUCUUUAGGAAAGUGCAACUUGAGAGCACAGGGAGGUAGCACCUCACACCCACCUGCUGGCUGUAAAGGAUGGACCAAGGGGGGAGCUGGCAAGGGUUGGAGACACGCUGGUGGGAUGUGCAGUAGUGCAGGUGAGGGAGCAGUGUGGUGGUUCUCCAGAGAGUAGACUAGUCACCGUAUGACCAGCAGUUCCUCGUGUCCAUACAGAUGUUCACAGCAGCAUUCCUCAGAACUGCCCGUGUCCACCAGCGCGUGAUGGAUGAGCCAGGUGUAUUAUUCGUGUAAUGGGAUGUGGAUUUUAUGUUAAAUAACUUGCACCUUCAUAAGAUGUUUAACCAGAAAGCUGGUUAAAAACAGUGGUCAUGGCAAGGUAGUUCCUGUGUCCUUCAUGUGCUCACCUGCUUUCCCUCUGGUCUCUCGGCUGGAGGCUUUCCUGGGAUGCAGCCCGCUGGGCACCAAUGGCAGCCGUCUCUCCUUUCCCGGGUCAGGUGCUGAUAUUCCAAUGUUUGCAAUGAAGCAGCCCUGAUCGCCGCUCACCACCUGAAUCCUUUUGUGCAACAGAAGCACUUUGAGCAGGCCAUUGAGAGGGUCAUCGGAGACUGCGGCGCCGGGACCUCACACGAGCCCUUGGGACACAGCAUCUCAUUAACUCUCCCAGUGACCUAAGAACACGGCACCCUCGCUUUUCAGGGGAAAAACUCAGCGGAGAGGAACCUCCUACUCCAAUCAAGACUCUUCCCAUCUUACUCCUCCUGCUUGAAGCCGGGCCAGCUGUGGGACUGCUCUGGCCAGUAGCAUGCGUCUGCAGGAUGCUCUGUGGCUUCCAAGGCUGGGUCAGAAAGAGGACCUCCGAAAGCUCCGCUGGAGCCCAGCCACCCGGCAUCGUAGGUUAAAGUGGACGAAACAGCGGGCGCGGGCGGCAGUGGACACGUAUAUCCAGCAACGGAAACGCGUUUCGCUGUGGGGGAGAUCACGAGUGUGGAUGAUGCCCAGCUGCAGACAAAACCUACCCGACUUCCGCAACACUGGACUGGGCCCAGCGCGCGUUGGCGCCCAAAAAGAAAGGGAAGGGCAAAGGCACCCCGGUUGUGGACGGGCUUGCUCCGGAGGACAUGACCAAGGAGCAGGUGGAGGGGCACAUCGGCCGCAUCCGUGAGGAGCUGGACCGAGAGCGGGAGGAGCGCAACUACUUCCAGCUGGAGCGGGACAAGAUCCACACCUUCUGGGAGAUCACCCGGAGGCAGCUGGAGGAGAAGAAGGCUGAGCUGCGGAACAAGGACCGGGAGAUGGAGGAGGCCGAGGAGCGGCACCAGGUGGAGAUCAAGGUCUACAAGCAGAAGGUGAAGCACCUGCUGUACGAGCAUCAGAACAACCUGACGGAGAUGAAGGCUGAGGGCACCGUGGCCAUGAAGCUGGCCCAGAAGGAGCACCGCACGCAGGAGGGCACGCUGCGCAAGGACAUGCGGGCACUGAAGGUGGAGCUCAAGGAGCAGGAGCUGGCCAACGAGGUGGUGGUGAAGAACCUGCGGCUGAAACACACGGAGGAGAUCACCAAGCUGCGCAACGACUUUGAGAGGCAAGUGCGAGAAAUUGAGGCCAAGUAUGACAAGAAGAUGAAGAUGCUUAGGGAUGAGCUUGACCUGCGGAGAAAGACGGAGAUCCACGAAGUGGAGGAGAGGAAGAACGGCCAGAUCAGCACGCUGAUGCAGCGGCACGAGGAGGCGUUCACAGACAUGAAGAACUACUACAACGACAUCACCCUCAACAACCUGGCCCUCAUCAACUCCCUCAAGGAGCAGAUGGAAGAUAUGCGGAAGAAGGAGGAGCACCUCGAGAAGGAGAUGCUGGAGGUGUCUGCGCAGAACCGGCGCCUGGCGGACCCGCUGCAGAAGGCUCGGGAGGAGAUGAGCGAGAUGCAGAAGAAACUGGGCGACCACGAAAGGGACAAGCAGAUCCUGGUUUGCACAAAGGCACGUUUGAAAGUUUCAGAGAAAGAGCUCAAGAGCCUGCAGUGGGAGCACGAGGUGCUGGAGCAGCGGUUUAUCCAGGUGCAGCGGGAGCGGGAUGAGCUCUACAGCAAGUUCACGGCGGCCAUCCUGGAGGUGCAGCAGAAGACAGGCUUCAAGAACCUGCUCCUGGAGCGCAAGCUGCAGGCCCUCAGUGCUGCCAUGGAGAAGAAGGAGCUGCAGCUCAAUGAGGUGCUGACAGCCUCCAACCUGGAUCCUGCCACCCUGACCCUGUUGUCCCACAAGCUGGAGGACGUUCUGGAAUCGAAGAACAGCACCAUCAAGGACCUACAGUACGAGCUGGCCCGGGUCUGCAAGGCCCACAGCGACCUGCUGCGCACCUACGAGGCGAAGCUCCUGGCCUUCGGGAUCCCUCUGGACAACGUGGGCUUCAAGCCCCUGGAGACGGCCGUGGUUGGGCAGACCCUGGGCCAGGGCCCGGCGGGACUUGUGAGCACCCCAACAUAGCCCCCACCCAGGACUUCUCCCUGCAGGACACCCCCUUUUACACCCACGGACAGCAGGUGUGUUUUUGUGAUUUGUUGGGUCAGCAAAUGAAGGCUUUCGUGUUU